CGCUGGACACCAUGUUUCGCGCUGCUCUCUCAAAAUCUGUGCUCAAUGCUGCUCCCCGCGCAAGCCGGGUCACGCUUCGCCCUGUUCUCGCCCGCGGGUACCAUGAGAAAGUGAUCUCGCACUACGAACAGCCUAGAAACGUCGGCUCUCUCCCAAAGAACGCUCCUGAUGUCGGGACCGGUCUUGUCGGCGCACCUGCUUGCGGAGACGUCAUGAAGCUCCAAAUUCGCGUGGACGAGAGCGGAAUCAUCCAGGAUGUCAAGUUCAAGACCUUUGGUUGCGGCAGCGCCAUCGCUUCCAGCUCGUACAUGACCGAGCGGGUAAAGGGUCUGUCGCUGGAAGACGCUGAGAAGAUCAAAAACACGGAAAUCGCGAAGGAGCUUUGCUUGCCGCCAGUCAAACUCCACUGCUCAAUGCUUGCUGAGGACGCCAUCCGAUCAGCAAUCAAGGAUUAUCGCACAAAGCGCAGCCAGCUGUCGAACCCGAAGCAGUCUGGAUUCAUUGACGUUACGCAGAGCUCUGCAACGGCAACUGCGCACCCAUCAUCUGCUUGAUUCUUCUUCGUUUUCCUCUUUUCUUUUCCUUGCAUUUUGCUAUCCUAUGUCAUUUCACCUAGUCAUCCUGUAACAUUAGGUUAUCUGUGUCUCGCACGCAUCGCAUUAAAAGAGAUAUCAAAGUUUACAUGCGU